CCCGCCGCCCCCUCGCCGGCCCGCGCGGGAGGCUGGGCCGCGGCGGCGUUUUAACGGGCCGCCGGCGGGGCCGGGCGGCAGACGCGGAGCGGGGCGGCCGCGGGGCCGGCAGGCAGCAUGCAGCCCCAGCGUCCCCGCGGCGGCCCCGAGCCCCCCGCCGCCACCACCGCCGCCGGCGAGGCCACCAAGCCGCCCUACAGCUACAUCGCCCUCAUCGCCAUGGCCAUCCAGAGCACGCCGGAGCAGCGCAUCACGCUCAGCGGCAUCUACCGCUACAUCAUGGGCCGCUUCGCCUUCUACCGCGACAACAAGCAGGGCUGGCAGAACAGCAUCCGCCACAACCUCUCGCUCAACGAGUGCUUCGUCAAGGUGCCGCGCGACGACAAGAAGCCGGGCAAGGGCAACUACUGGACGCUCGACCCCGACUGCUACAACAUGUUCGAGAACGGCAGCUUCUUGCGCCGCCGCCGGCGCUUCACCAGGAAGCGGGGCCUGCGGGACGCGCCCGAGGGGGACGCGGGGCGCGGGAAGGCGCCGCGGGCACCGCGCUCCCGGGGGCCGCCCGCCGCCCCGGCGCCGGGCACGGCCACGGCGGAGGGCGGCUGCCACUCGCCGGCGGCCGCGGGGCGGCUGCUGAGCCCCGACCAGCUCAUCGUCGGCGCCCGGCCCGGCCGGCUGCCGCCCCGCGCCCGGCCGCCCUGCCCGUACCCGCCGGACGUGCCGCCGCCGCUGCCCCCGGCCACCCGGGCGCCGGGCCCCCCCCCGCCCGCCGAGACUGCCUUUGGGGGGCUGCCGCUGCCCCGGCCAGGUCAGUACGCGCUGCCCGGCGCGCGCCCGGCCCCGCUGCCCGCCCUGCUGCCCGCCGAGCCGCGGGAGCCGGCCCCGGCCUCGCCACCACCCCCCCCGGCCUCCCCGCCGGCGCCCGCCCUGGGGCUGGGGCAGCCCUUCGCGCCGGUGCCCCCCGUCUUCGCGGGGCCGCUGCUGGGCGCCGGCAAGGCCCCCCCGCCCUGCUUCCUCGACGGCGACGGCUACAAGGCGCCGGCGCUGCCGGUGCUGGGCUGCGCGGGGCCCGAGGCGCUGGGCGGCAGCUACCAGUGCCGGCUGCAGGCGCUGAGCUUCCGCGUGAACGAGCCGCGCGGCGCCGCGCUGGAGCAGCUGCUGGGGGCCCCGCGCCCCCCACCCUGCGCGGCCGGGGGGGCCCGGGCGGCCGAGCCCAAGGAGCCCUGGCCGGGCGGCGCCGGCCCGCUGCAUGGUGCCGGCGGGUACCCGCUGGGGCUGCCGCCCUGCCUCUACCGCAGCCCCCCCGGCAUGUUCUUCUUCGAGUGACGGACUGGGCGCCCGGCCGCCGAAUAAAGCU